UGGGAAGAUGACAGCCAUCAUGAUAACAGUAGCAGUACUGUUGCUAUUCAUUCAAACCACCCUGGAGGCUCCUGAAACAGACGGUCGCUUCAUUCUCUUCAAUGCAGCCAGUGGCAUUAAACAGGGUCUGGCACGCUGGGUGUCAGGGGGACGUCUCUACUACCCCAGCAUUAGGAAGUGUGCUGGGGUCUCUGGGAAGACAGAGGGUAGUACCCUGGUGUUUUCUGACUGUGAUGAGAAGAGCCACCUCCAGCAGUGGGAGUGUAGUAACCACACCCUGCUCAAUCUGAAAGGACAGACUCUGUACCUCCACAUCAACGACAACAAUGAUCUGGUGCUGUCCAGAGACAUGGGGCCUCGGAGUCACUGGAUCGUCUUCGGUACAACGGACGGCCCCUGCUCAAGGACCCACAGAGAACUCUUUACCAUCGAAGGAAACGCAUUUGGGCAUCCCUGUCAGUUUCCCUUCCUGUACAAAGACCAAUGGUACGGAGACUGUACCUUGAUGGACUCCUCUGUUGGACGCCUCUGGUGUGCCACAGAAACAAACUACCAAGACAAUGAACUGUGGGGCUACUGUCCAUCCAAAUCUAUGGAGCAUUGGCAUAAGAACCCAGUCACAGGUGCAUUCUACCAGGUGAACCUCCGCUCUGCCCUGACCUGGCACCAGGCUCGGACCAGCUGCCAACAGCAGGGAGCAGACUUGGCCUCAAUCACCGCACCCCACGAGCAGAGCUACUUAUCAGGCCUGUUUGGUAGAGAGCAUGUGCCGCUGUGGACGGGGCUGAACGCUCUGGAACAGGACAGUGGGUGGCAGUGGAGCAGUGGAAAGCCCCUCCGCUACUUCCGCUGGGACUCUGGUCACCCUCUCCCUGAUCCUGGUCAGAUCUGUGGACUGGUCAACCCGGCUCAGCAGUCCUACUGGCAGAGCUCCCUGUGCUCCAAGUCACUAGGCUACGUCUGUCAGAAAGACCCACCUACAGCCCCUGUUCAGCCAGAAGAGGCAGGUUCAUGCUCCGGUCCGUGGAUUCCCUACGCUGCCAGGUGCUACCGCCUCCAGCGCACUAAGAAGACCUGGACAGAGGCUCAGAUGGAAUGUCGCAAGGACGGAGGCGACCUGGCCAGCAUCCACAACAUCGAGCAGCUCAGCUUUGUGAUGUCACAGCUGGGAUAUGCGGCCGCUGACGAGCUGUGGAUCGGGAUGAACGACGUCAAGACGCCACUACUGUUUGAGUGGAGCGACCAAUCCCCUGUCACCUACACCAGGUGGGAGGAAGCCAUGCUAAGGGAGGGCAACUGUGUCCUGGUCAGGGGAGAGCAGGGCAGGUGGGCUACCCAGGUGUGUGAGAACCAGCACGGCUUCAUCUGUAUGAAGAAGUCUUCCUCCCAACCCUCAGGGGACCAGGUGAACACGAACCCAGGCUGCAAACUGCAUUGGACCAGGCACGGCUCCUACUGCUACUUUGUGGGACCGGAGACCAAGACAUUUGACGAGGCCAAAGAGACAUGCAAGAGAUCACAGUCUUAUCUGGCAGAUGUUUCUAGCAGGGUGGACAAUGCUUUCCUGAUCAGCCUGGUUGGGUCCAGGGCAGAGCAACACUUCUGGAUUGGUCUCUCCAACCAGAACCACAUCGACGUCUUCACCUGGACGAACAGCAACAGGGUCAGGUACACCCACUGGAACGCACAGAUGCCAGGCAGUAGACAGGGUUGUGUGGCCAUGACAACAGGGACCCUAGCAGGAUUAUGGGAUGUGCUGAGCUGCACCAAUCAGGAGAAGUAUAUAUGUAAACACCUGGCAGAAGGGGCGGGGCCAACACCAGAACCAAUCACACCUGUCCCUCCCAGGUGCCAUGAGGACUGGUAUCCUGUGGGGACUCGAAACUACUGCUUCAAGUUCUUUACACAGCCUCACGCAGACGAGAAGACCUGGUUUGAGGCUCGGGACUACUGCAGGGUGAUUGGAGGAGACCUACUCAGCAUCCACAGUUCUACGGACCUCCAGUCUAUGAAUCAUGUCCAUGAUGGGAUUGCCUGGAUCGGCCUGAGUGCUCAGGACCCCAACGCUGGCUACACCUGGACUGAUGGGUCGCCACUGUCCUUCCAACACUGGAUGGAGGGGGAACCCAACAACUACAACGGCGUGGAGUCCUGUGCUGAGAUGAGAAACUCUUUCUGGGAUGAAGAGGGAUCCUGGAAUGAUGUAAACUGUGAGGGCUACAAUGACUGGCUGUGUGAGAUCCCUAAAGGAGUGACCCCACUACCUCCUCCCAACAACACCGUCCCUGAGUAUAAUGUGACAGAGGAUGGCUGGCUGGAGUACGGAGGCUCUCAAUAUUACUUUAAUACUGAAAUGCUGGCCAUGGAGGAUGCCAGAUACUACUGUCAGCAGAGGCAUGGGGACCUCGUAGUUAUCAACGGACAAAACGAAAAUACAUUUCUGUGGAAAAAGAUACAUAAAGAGCGUUUGGGAAACCAUUACAUCGGUCUAACAGUUGAUCUUGAUCGGUCAUUCGGGUGGAUGGACGGUUCCCCAGUAGUGUACCAGAGAUGGGACAACAACCAGCCGGACUUCAAGAACAACGAUGAGAACUGUGUUGCCAUGUAUGCCUCCAUGGGUUUCUGGCACGACUAUAACUGUGGCACCCAAAUGAGGUCCAUCUGUGAGAGGAUUGGUUCCCCCCCAGCGAACAGCACUGUGGCCCCUACUGCCCCCCCCACAGGAGGCUGUCCCCCGGAAUGGACCCUCUACCAGUCUAAGUGCUACAAACUGAUUGGACACCGGGUACCUAGUACCUGGCUCGAGGCCAGAUCGUUCUGCCAAUCCAUGGGCGCAAACCUGGCGUCCAUCGCCAAUAGGAGGGAGCAAGUGUUUCUGACGACCCAGAUGACUAGUGUGGCCACUGACCUGUGGAUUGGACUGAGUAACUUAAACCGGGACAGGUUUGUUUGGACCGAUGGCCAGGCAGUCAAAUACUUAAACUGGGAUCCCAAUAAGAAUCUGCCGCCGACGUUAAGACAGCGAUGGCAUCAACUUAGUCGGAAUUUCUUAGAGAUAUUUGUCUUUCCGUCUAAUAAGUGUUUUGUGAUGGCCAGUUCCUCAUCCAUCUUGGGGAAAUGGCAGCACAGGUCCUGCAACGAUGCACACGGCUUCAUCUGUCAGCGCAAAGUUGACUCAGGCAUCCCGAUCCCAGCCCCGACAGCGUUACCUAGAGGAUGGGUGAAGCUGGCCAACGACUCCUACAUGGUGCUGCCCCGGAACCAGACAUGGCCCGAGGCCCGGAAGCAGUGUGAGGCCGAGGAGGGCCAGCUGGCUAGCACCCUGGACGAACUGUCAGUAGCCUACCUGGAGCUGCAGGCUCUGAAGCUGCAGUCACCACUGUGGAUCGGACUCAAUAGGAAUGAGACGCAAGGCUACUUCAGGUGGAUGGACGGCUGGCCCCUGAGCCUGGCCAAGUGGGCCCAAGACGAGCCCAGCAGAGACCGGCCCUGUGUCUACCUGGACGUGGAAGGCACCUGGAAGACAGCCCUCUGUAACCACACCUACCCCAGUGUGUGUAAGCAAUCCUCAGCCGUCCCGCCCACUGCCUCGUCCCAGUACCCCGGGGAGUGUAUCCAGGAGGAGGAGGAGAUCGGUGUUUGGAACAGCCCCUGGUCCUGGUUGCCCUUCAGAGGGCACUGCUACAGCUUCGUCAAUGACGACAUAGAGUGGGCCUACGCCUCCACCAGCUGUAUACGCAAAGGGGCGUCUCUGGUGAGCAUCGAGGACCCUGAGGAACUCUACUUCAUAAAGAGCAACAUGGAGUUACUGAAAGACAGCUACUCUUCCUUCUGGAUAGGCCUGUACAAAACACACCUAGGUAAGUGGCAGUGGGUUGACCAAACAGUGCUGGACUACAUUAACUGGGCAGAGGGACAGCCCUACGACUCUACCCAAAACAACUAUGGAGAGAUGCUAUCCUCCGAUGGGUCCUGGAGCACUGCCCCCAGAUGGGAUGACAAACCAUACAUCUGUAAGAAGCCCAAAGUUCUACUAGAAACAUUACCAACAGAUGUGUCUCUGAAGGGAGGUCAGAGGCGUGUGUAUUCAGGCCUGGCAGUGGUGGUGGUGCUGGCUUCCCUGUGUCUGAUGGGUCUCACAGCCUUAAUGCUCUACAAGAAGACCGGCCGUCCCCUGCCUUCCUUCACCAAACCCCUGGUCUUCAGCGCAGGCUGGAGAGCCUUCGACAACCCCCUCUACACGGAGCCUGUCACCGAGGUCGAUGUGGUCAACCCCAGCACAGUGGACACUAGCCAACUGGUCAAACACAUGGAGGAGCAGGCUCAGCCAAUGAUCACUCUGUGAUUGGAGAGAGACA